CUCCCAUUGUCCCCGAAUCGUCCGCGCUGUUCCCUGCCUCCUACAACUCUCUCCGUCACCGAUUCAGCCGGGUGUCCGCGGGUCGAUCUUGUCUCCGUCGGCCGCCGGUGACAGGAUCUCGAGCCGCCGGCGCAUCAUCGUUUCUCGUCCGCCGCCGUCCCGGUGAGCUUCUAAGCCGAUUUGGCGACGUGCUGCUCCAGCUGCUCUUCACCGUCAGCCACCUCCGUCGCCCUGCUGCACCAACCUCCUCCAGCGACAAGGUUGGUUAGGGUUUGGAGGUCACGCGCGGCACCUCCGUGCUUUGCUUCUGUCCGAUGGCAGACGACGAUGCCGGCGUUCUUCCUCCCUACAUCGAGGAGGACGAGGAGGAGGCCGCGGCGUCGAAGCAGCUGCGCCGCCAGCAGAGCAAGAGGAAGAAGCCUCGGGAGAGGAUGCCGUGGGAGUUCGCCACGCCAGAGGAGGAGGCCAAGGCGGAGGCGAGAUUGGCUCUGGAACGCGAGCUCAUCGUGCACGACCCCAAGACUGGAGACACUUGCUUCACCCGCGUCUGGUUCCUUGACCGCACCAUCUUCGACCUCGACGAAGAGACGCAAUAUGGUCCUAUGCGUUAUGUGAAUUCAACUAUUGGUGAUGACCACAGAUUGGUUGGCUCUUUAAAUGUGCUUUGUCUCAAGAUAAUCUCCUCAGAUGUUGCCUACCCUAUCAAUGUCUAUGGGACCGUGAUAGUCAGAGAUAAUCUUGAUUAUAAAUGCAUCAACAUCUUCCGACGUGACAGAAAUAAUUGCCAGCAAGUCACGUCAAAGAAUGAAGAUCUGAUUCUGACUGGCCCAACUAGAGGAGUUGUUUUCCGUGGUGCAGCUUUCUUUGAGAUAAAUUUGAUGCUAAGAGAAGAUGGAGAGGGCAAUGACAGACAAUUCAGCAAAUUAUUGAUUGAUGUGUUACUUGGCAGAAUAAACUCUAAGGUUUGUAGCAGGACUGUUCCUAGCUGGCUUAGUGAUGUGCAACUGGUAUUUUCAUAUGUUAAAAAUGCACUGGAGGCCACAAUAGAGAUCAAAGUUCUGUCAGGGCCUGAAGUUUUUCAUGGCAAAAUAACUGCUUGCACCACAAAAGUUCCAAACAAUUUUGUGAUGUACGACAGUGAUGUUGGUGGUGGUAUGGCAGUUGAUGAUGACGGAAUUAUCCCACUAUUGCGGCAUGUGGUGGCAGUUUCAGUAGAUGAGAUGCUGAUACUCAAUAUCUGUGCCCAUGGUGCUGAUCACAGUGGUAACAUGUCGAGUUGUCUGAGGAAGUUCACUCCAGUGAUUAAAGGUGCAGAUGAGGAUGAGUUUAGCUGUGGUCCUUACAUUAUGCGAAUGGAAGUUAUCUGGUCAACCUUGUUUUUACCACGAGGGUAAAUCAGGAGCAUGCCCAUAUGUGAAUUUUUCCAUAACUUCGUAGUCAUACUGGACUCAGCUAUAAUUAACAUGUUAAGGUACUUGCCAUGUCAUAGCAUGAAGCCGUGGCUAUGUAUUUAUCUUAGCUAGUUUUUUGGACUUGUAAUAUGUAGUGUGCAACUGGGGCCAUUGUUAAGCUUAAGCGCAUGUGUUGUGUCUCCUGUGUUAUGUGUGCCAUUUGAUUCAUCA